AUGUUCAACUGGGUCAAGCAGACCGUGGGCCUCACGGACCACCACUAUGGCCCUGAGGGCAUCCAGUCCGUAGCCAAGCAGGCGACCGAGACACCCUACACCGAGCUCACCAAAAAUGACCUCGCCUGGGAGGUUAUGGACGGCACCAAUGUCGAGACCAAGACUUUCUACAUGGUCAGCGACGACGGCCGCAUCGGCAUGGCCCAGGUCAUCUACAGCAACGUCUUGGGAGUGAGGACGACGGCUCAAUUCAGCAGCAAGGUCUUCUCUAAUGAUGCCAGCAAGCCACACGUGUGGACCUCAGACAACCUACACAACUUCGACUUCUCCAAGGACAGACAGAACUUCAAGGCUGAUCAUUGCUCCGUGGACAUCAGCGAGGACGGAAAGAGCUAUCAGAUCAAGUCGACGACGAGCAAGGAUGCGAACGUGGAUCUCAAGUUCACUCAGGUAACACCAGGCUUCGUGGUGGGCAAGAACGGAACCAGCACGUUUGGAACGGAUUCUGCGCAUCCCUGGGGGAAGAUGUACCACAAGUUCUGGCCAAGAUGUCGGGUUGAGGGUAGCAUCGUCACCAAGGACGGACCGGUUGACUUCAAGGGAUUGGGACUUUUCAUCCAUGCCAUUCAGGGCAUGAAGCCACAUUUCGCAGCCGCCAAAUGGAACUUCGCUUGGGUGCCAGCGCCGACCUAUACUGCCGUCAUGAUGGAGUACACCACCCCACCCUCAUAUGGCGAGACGGUCGUCAACAUCGGCGGCAUUGUCAAGGACGGCGAGAUCGUCUUCGCUGGUGCUUCUCCAUCCACCAAGGCUCAGCACACUGAGGUCAAGGGCGAUCCGGAACCAAACUGGCCAGAACCUGGUGCUGUCGCUUUCACCUGGGACGGCAAGACCAAGGAUGGCAAAGACCUACACGCCGAGGUCAAAGGUGCCAUACAGCCACGAACAGACCGAAUCGACGUAAUGGGCGAGCUUCCGAAAUUCGUCAAGCAGAUCGUCGCAGGCGCCGCCGGAACGAAGCCGUACAUCUACCAGUACACACCAAAGCUCAAGUUGAAGGUGAAGUUGGGAGAGGAGGAGAAGGAGGAGGAUGCCCAGGUUUUCAUGGAGGCGACUUUCAUCUCGUGA